AUCAGAUCUCUAUCUCUAGUUUAAAUCCCUCACUAUCCCCUCCCCCAUGCCAUGCAACACAUCCACAAGCCAUAUAUGAUCACUCACGCAGUCCCACCUUCUUCCCCUUCAACAAUCACCUCCUCAUCCUCCCACUCAUCAUCUUCCGUAGCACCCACCGCAUCUGCUUCUGCUGCCUCAGGGCACAUUUCUGCCUCCUCCCCUCCCUGUGCGCUCUCGAAUGACGGUGUCCGCUCACUCGCCCACGAUCCCCCAGGCACAUUCAGGGCGGCCGACGGCGGCACCAUCCUCACAGGGCUGCUCGCUUCCACAUGUGGGACUAUCGGUGAGGUGUCUCUUCUCGGAUGGACAGCAGGGGGCGGUGACAAGGCGCGUGGCUCCUCGACUGUCUCGUCUGGCCGCUCAAGGAUCGGCGGCAGGGAGGGGCUUCGCUGUCUCCCCCCAUGAGACAUCGGCGAGCCGAAUGGCUCGAUGGGUCUUCUUUCAACGUAGUGCAGCGAUAGCGGGCUGAGCAAGCCACCAGAGAGACUGGCCUGUGUGCUCGAUGGCGAGGCGCUUUCGUCGGAGGGAGGGCCCCUGACGAGAGGGGAAGGCAGAGACGCGCGAUGUUGUGGCGCUGCGGUGACUUCUAUUAUGGUGCCGGGGGGCAGCAACUCCAUGUCUCGGGGGAACGCGGGACGAAGAGGCGUUGACGAAGGGUCUUUGCGACGUUGGCUCGAGCCUGACUUGUCUCCCUGAACAAACAAGAAAGGACAUUGUAUAUACGGCCACAGGAAGACAAAGAGUUUGUUACUGUUCUCUGAAUCACCUGCAGCGGAAUUACUGCCAUUCUGCUGGCUGGAAGCAUUUCUGGCAUCUCUCGCCCCUCCCGGACGUAAUGUGACCUCUCAUCCUUCCUUCCAACGACCCUUUCUGCCCUCCGCACCGACCGACUCUGAGUCUCAGCCGGCACCAGUGACGAGCAUUGCCUGACCUCGGGAUCCCUGAAGGUCAGGAAGACCUUCUCCUGUCUCUUCCCCUCCUCCCCACGGACAUAUUCCUCGACGUCAUACAAACAGGGGCUCCUCGGUGGCAGCUUGGUCUCCUGCCUCAUGCGCCGCUGCUCGAUGCGGCUGGUGAUCGCGCUGGGAGGCCCUGAACAGCCUUUCCGCAGGCAGGUGGACCGCUCGCUUUCGUGGACGGAGAGAUGGGCCACCACGUCCAGCAUCGCCAGAGGGGGGAGAGGGCCUUCCUGCGACGGUUGGGCGGUGUGCGAUUCGGCAGGGUGGUGCAAAGUGACGUUGGUGGUCACUCUGACAGGAACAAGCAGCCGUCAUUCGUGUGCUAUCUCUCUGUAUCCUUCAUCGCUCGAACCUGGCUCGGGCAGACAUUCUUUUGGGCAUUGGGUGCGAUUCCCCUACGGCAGAGAUGUUGUCGGGGGUCCUCAGAGACACACUCGGUGCCUCCUCAGCCUUGUCAAUCAGCGUCGGGAAAGUCCCUGCAUCCGCGGAGCGGACGCUCACACUCAUAGCAGUGUCCCUCUGUGCGAAGCUGUCCUCCGUGCGCGGCUGGCUGGAUCGCCGCACCCCGCCAAUCACACCUGAGCAGACGCACACGGGGAGGAAUUCGUCGAAGACAUGAGCAAGAUCUUACGUGGCGGGACAAGCCAACAGGAGCCACCAGAGCUGCGAUGCGCCAUUACUUUCUCGACAAGGUAGUGAGGGCUCUUCUGACAGAGUCUCUUGCAGUGUCCUGAGACGGAGACAGACACGCGAACACAUUCGUACUCAUGGGGCCCUUCGAAUUGCGUCUUCCAAAUACCGUUUUGCGAGGCAGAUGCGGACAAUCGGACGCGCUGACCCUGCUCACCUUUUU